AUGCACUGGUCAUCCGACAGCAAACUAUUCGACAAAGAUACGUAUGAUUAUAUUAGUAUCAAACUGUAUGGCGUACUUCGUGGAGAUUCUGUCUCUCACAAGUCUGGCUACAUUAGACCUAUACGACAAGCUUUCGAUUUUAUCGAGAAAUACUUCAAAGAAAAAUUUACUGACUCUCAUCACAAUGUCAAUUCUAGUUGUAUUGAAAGUUUAACGGCGGCAAAGCUUAUUACUGAACUCGAAACAGGAUCUAAAUUUUUAUCGUCAGACGAGGAUAGGCCGCUCACAGAUUUUGCGUUUUUUGAACCAAAUACCAUAAAAGCGAAAGAGAUCCAUCCAAGUUUGAUAAUUGCCUUCAACGGAGCAUAUAAGAUCAAAAGAUCCACAAUGACGUAUUCCACCGAAGUUCGUGGUGGUCAUGGGCUAACUAUCUUGGUUCCAACUACAGGAGAUCAAUGGCCGUCUCUUCUCGAACAUUUCAUUGAUGGAAGUAAAACAAAUGGUUUAUAUGAACGCUUUCUUUACUGGACAAUCGGCAAGAAAAACUUCAUUCAAGAAAAUUCCAUUUUGAACAACGAAUUGCCAUCGAUCGAAUAUCUCUAUGUAACGAGGAUGCUCAUCGGUACACGUAUGUACGAAUAUGAGAAUGAAGUCAUCGAUUAUCUUCGACCUAUUCUGUUGAGUAUGAGAAACAACCAUGCAACUGUUAGUGGUUUAUUCGCUGUUCCAUCGAAUAUUCGAGCUGAAGCAUGUAAACGACGAGGUGCCGAUCUUGUCGAAAGAAUUGCCGUUGUCUUUCAAAACAUUUUUGAUACAUUACGAGUAUUGGAGCCAAUCAGAUCUAUUCAGUUUGAAACCAUCAAGAAAACCACACUGGAUGAUAUUACAAGAAACAUCAAAUCUGUCUUUUAUUCAAAUGAAGGAAUUCGACGGAUCCGAUGCAAUCCUGGUGACGGAAUCGCAUUGGAUUCCGACGGUCUCGGAUCCGAUCGGAUCCCACGUCGGAUCUCGUCGGAACCGAAACAUGGAUUUCCUGGAUUUUCUAAGGGUCAUCNUGAAACAAGUGAUUUGAACUGCCAUAGUAAACCCAUAGCUGUCACAAUAUCAUUACCCUGGGUAUCCAGAGCUGAACGUCUCGAUACCCAGUAG